AUGACUGAAGAGUCUCUCCUUGAAGGUGGACGAUCAGCACGAAAGAAUUUACAGGAAGCGGGCUUCUCGGAUGAUCUGAAACGAACUCUGGAAGAGAAGAUCAAGGCUGCUUCAUUCAAGAGCGAUAAUGCGCAAGCAUUUUCUGUCUUGGAUACACCUGCAAGCGCAGGAAAAGGUACUCGCGAACAUGCCAUGGCAGCACCUUGGCGCGGGACAGAAAAUGUCCAAGACACCGCACUUCGAAUGCUCGACGACGCCAAAAAGCCCAUACGAAUCCCCUUCAAGAUCCCGAGUCCUGCGAUGCCCGUCAACGUAAAUCUGAAGCCGGGCGCAAAGGUUCGCCACUCAACCGGAAGUCGUCUCGCAAGUGCGCGGGACAAGACACAAACGUAUGCACUGAGUCAGAGCUUGGGCCUAUCGGAUAAGGAGAGAGAGGAAAUGAGAAGCCAACUCACUGCGCGAUUUGAGGCUGGAGCACGCUCGCUACCCAUGACGUUAUCGGGGCUAUCGUCGCUCGCAAAUGAGCGAAUCGAAGAUGCCAUUGCGCGAGGCCAGUUCAAGAAUCUGCCGAGAGGAAAAGGCAAACAUACAACAACGGACCAUAAUGCGAACAGCGCUUAUAUCGAUACAACGGAGUAUUUCAUGAACAAGAUCAUCCAGAAGCAAGAAAUCGUGCCGCCCUGGAUAGAAAAACAGCAAGAUCUCGCUCGAGAAAUUGACCGAUUUAGACAAAGGCUACGAACAGAAUGGCGCAGACAUGCCGCCAGGUUGAUUUCGAGCCAAGGAGGUUCUUUAGAGGAACAACGACGACGCGCGCGAGGAUACGCAGCAGCGGAAGCUCGGUUAGUAGCAAAGAAGAAACUCGAGGCGUCGCUUACUUUGGACGAUACGGUGGUUCUGCCUAGUUAUUCCCAGAUCAGUCAUGAUGGUCGAAUUACUUCUGGGCGACCAAAAGCUGUACCCGUGCCGCGCACAGAACCGGCGAAAACGGAAAAAGAUGGGGUUGUAGUUGAAGAUAUCACGUCGAACGAAUCUGGCGAGCUACUUCCGCAUUUAUCACCACUGAGAGAUCCGGACUACAUGUCUAUCGAGCGAGGCUGGCACGAGUUACAGAUUAAAAGUAUCAACGAUCUGACACGGUCAUACAAUCUACAAGCUCCGCGACUUGCACAGAAACCAUACUUGAACCUAGAGCGAGAAUUGAACUCGUGCUAUGCAGAUGUAGCGCCAUCACUAGCCGACGAGCUUACCAUGCGAGCAACUACACCUCGCAAGGCAUCGACUACUGUCAGAAAGCCAGCUGGUAAUCUGCUGGAAGAUAUAAUACAAUCUAAUCAGAAAGUGCGAGUGUACGAUGAAGAUCGAUCCAAAGGCUAUGGAUUGAAAGAAUUCUGGCGAGACCUUUGGAGGCGAGAGAAGGUGACUUAG